GGGGAUAGUGACCAUACCAAAAAUACCUACCUAUAAUACGCCCUCUAUAUACGCUCUUAUACGACCUUGGGUAUUUGCAGAUUGAGAUAUUUGGGUAUUCUUGGGAACGUCAAGUAUCAACAUUCACAGAUUGAAAUAAGGGAAGUUGCUGAAGUUAAACUAUCAACGACAAAAACGACUUGUAAUCGGACGCCUGGGAAAAAAAUAAAAAAUCAAAGCUGCACGUCGUAAACUGUUGUAAUUCCCAGGAAGGAAGCAAGGAACCCCAAACAGGUGACGAUGUCGCAGGGCAGCUCAGCGGGCUCCCCCGGGGAGGCCAUCUGCGUCGUGCCCGGCGACUGUUUGUGUGCCGCUGACGACAAACAUGUCGCGGGCAAGGGCACAAUCGAGCGGUCCGGCUACAUCUACUCCUGUCUGGUGGGGCGUGUAUACACACAACAGCAGGAGGACAAGACGGAGCUGGUGGAGGUGCGCACUGGCCAGGAGCAGAACAUUGUGCCCACGGCGGGCAGCGUCGUCACCGCUAAGGUCACGUAUGUGAACCCGCGCUUCCUCCGCUGUGAGAUACUCUGCAUAGGCGAGACAGUGUUAAAACACAAGUUCCGUGGCAUGUUGAAGAAAGAGGACGUUCGAGCCACCGAACGCGACAAGGUCAAGAUGUACGAAUGUUUCCGACCGGGCGACGUCAUCCUGGCCAAGGUGGUGUCGCUGGGCGACGCGCUCUCGUACGUGCUCUCGACGGCGGAGAACGAGCUGGGCGUGGCGCUGGCGCACAGCGAGGCCGGCGCGCUCAUGGUGCCGCUCAGCUGGGCGGAGAUGCGCUGUCCGCUGACGCAGGCGCGCGAGCUGCGCAAGGUGGCCAAAAUACCGCCCGAAGACGUGGCGUUUCGACUGGCGCGCUCGGCGGCUGCCGACCCCGCCGCCGGCUGAGCCCAGGCGCCACCGGCCCACUGUUGUAUCGCCAUCGCAUUGUCUUGUCCAUUGGUCGUCCAUUAAGUUUCAAUAUAAGGGGAAUAGCAUU